AUGUCUCGUUGUUGUUUCUUUUGGUCUCUUCAGCUACUUCACAAGGCAGUUACACCUUGGUGGCGACUGCUACAUGGCGCCUUAGGCAACACUAGCCGACUGAACCACUGGAACCCAAAUAGAUUUCCCUCUCCACUCUGUUCUGUUUAUGGUUCUGAAGCUGAGAUGCAGUACCAUAUGUUCGUUGACUGCAGCUUCGAAUGGAGCUACUGGGAAGCUUACCUCGCUCAAGUUAACCUGAGUGAAGUGUUUCCUACGCCUACCUCUUUGUGGCAAGCUCUGAUUUCCUUGACUUCUGAAGACAACGUCCGUUAUCAAAACAAAAUUCUGCUUUCUGUAGGAGCUGGCCUUGCAGCACUAUGGCACUAUCACUGGUUUUGUUUCUUCGAGGAAGAACUGUGGAACCCCAUAAGGACACUGAAUCUAUGCUUGGGUAAACUCCAGCAUACUAAUCUAAUUGUUGCUUAA